AUGACCAAGAAAGGGAGUUCAAAUGCAACCGUAAAGUACACAAUUUUAUAUUCCAACUCCAUUUGGGACAGUAAUGGUGGCACCAGUGACCAUUCUGCUGCAACUUACACUGAUUAUGCAUCAGUUGUUUGGAAAGGGGUGGAGCAAGAAUACGGGAAAACUCUUGGAUUACUUAAGGUCAUCGAUCUAUCAAGCAAUAACUUGAGUGGAGAAAUUCCUGGAGAAUUAACAAGUCUUGUGGAGUUGGUUACCUUAAACCUGUCAAGGAACUUGUUGAGUGGUAUCAUCCCUAAGGAAGUUGGCCAAUUGAGAGCACUGGAAUCUCUUGAUUUGUCCACAAAUAGACUUUCUGGUGAAAUCCCAUUGAGCUUGGCUGAUUGUUCCUUCCUGAGUUGCUUGAAUCUAUCAAAUAACAACCUUCCUGGAAAAAUCCCAUUGAGCACUCAACUCCAAAGCUUUCUUGUUGAAUCAUAUAUGGGAAAUGGACUUCCAUUCAAUGCCAUAUGCCCUGAAGACGAGAAACAGCAAGACGGAGGUGUUGAACACAGCAAUCUAGAUGACGAGAAAUGGUACAAAUGGUACAAAUGGUACAAAGGCUCCGGAUUUUACGUAAGUUUAAUUAUCGGUUUCACUCUAGGCUUUUGGGGACUUUGCUGGACCUUACUGCUCAACUGGCCUGGAAAUCCUGCCAGUUUCCAAUUUUUUGAUAAUAUGGUGGACUGGCUCAGCUUGACAAUGGCACUGAUUGCCGCAAAAGUGAAGAGGAGACUGACAAGUUAA